CUUCCACCAUCCUACUAGCCCAGCACCCACUCGCGUCUUGCGCCUUUGCCAGCAGCAGCAGAAUCUUAUUACGCUACAUUUUUUUUUCCAUAAUCGCAUAAUCAGUGGGGUGAAGUGCUCGCGUCGUAGUGAUUUUUCUUUCUCGCAGCGAAACUCUCUCUUCCUCAUCGAAAAUUCGUACGUGGUAUCAGCUUCAGGGCUUUACCUAUCGUGUUACGGAUUAAGUGGUGGAAAAACGGUACCGUUUUGCAGUGCAAGGUUUCACUUACUAGAGCGUAAUUAAGCUACAGAACAAUGCAACGUAGAAGAGUUCUAGGAAAGCGCAUCUAUGGCGAAUUCACUGCCAGUGGUUUUAGUGCCAAGCGGAACCGAUCGGACCAGGAAGUUCCGACGAUGGAGGAUAACGCAACCGCUUCUUCGUCGUCGUCAGCUGCCGCGGUGGCUAGUGCUGCUGGCAGCGGGGGCGUCUUGCGACGGCCAAGCAAAGAAAUUCUUGCCCAGGUUCCCCGUUUCGGUACUCCUGUUGAGCGAAGAAAUCGAGUGCGAACAGCAGGACCCUACGUGAUCGGGCAUGAGCUGGGUACCAGCCCGGGUGUUCCGCAGACACAGUACCUGGCCAGGAAGGAAAAUAGCAACGAGUUUUACUUGCUGAAGAUUCUUAGCUACGAUAUCGAAACCGAAAUGGUCAAUAAAGAAACGCAGCAGGGAAAAACGCUUCUGCAUACUGAAUAUACGUUGCUUUCACUGCUGGCCGAUCUCGACGGGGUCAUUCACCAUCACGGAUUAUUUUGUGAUUACGCAUUAGAGGAGAAGCAAAUCGAGACGGCAGAUCGCACCGUCCAGUGGAUUUACACGGGGCGGGUGAAGCGUCGACUGAUUCUUGUGCUGGAUUGUGUUCAUGCGCAUGAGUUUUGUGAGCGUUCGGCAGCGUACGUGAAUCUCCAGAAGUACGUCCAGACGCACAAGUUUUCCGAACUUGAAGCGCUGAUGGUGUUCUACGAAAUCGUUAAGGUUGUCGAGCAGUUGCACCAGCGCAACAUCAUCCACCGGGAUCUGAAGCUGAACAACAUUGUGCUGAACAGACGCACCAAUGAAAUUGUGAUAACGAACUUCUUCCUAGCGAAGCACCUGAACAGCGAGGACGACAAUUUGUUCGAUCAACGGGGAAGUCCGGCCUACAUUUCGCCCGACGUACUUGGUGGAAAGCCGUACAAGGGCAAACCGUCCGAUGUGUGGGCCCUUGGAGUGAUCCUGUACACGAUUACCUACGGGAAGUUUCCGUUUCUGGACACCACGCCUUCGGCUUUGUUCAAAAAAAUCCGCCAAGCGGAUUACGUGAUUCCAAUCGAAACCAAAACCAGUUCGCUGACGAUUCAGUUGAUCAAAUCGAUGCUGACAUUGAAUCCAGCGGAACGUUUCACUGCCACCGAAGUACGCAUCGAGCUCGAACGAACGAUCGCUAGUCUCCGUGGACCAAGGAUCGAAAUCGAUCAAAUCGUCCCGGAAGUGGAAGAUUUCGAGCAGAGUGCCGAAGAGCGGAACAAAAACACUCGCCAAAGUACCACCGAUAGUAAACCGACCUAUCCCAGCCAUGAGCUGUCGCGAGAAUCGUUCACACGAUUGCUGGAAUCGGGUGUUCAUCGACGAGAGAACGAAAGCUUUCUGCGGCCACGAUCGCUGGGAACUCGAGUCGGCUCGCUGAGAGGCAAUUCAACUAUCAUUCGUAGCUUCACUGCCGGAAACAAUCGCCUGCCAGUGUUCGGUAGUGUUUCCAGAGCAACGACCACAAAUAGUAUCCCCUUCGGCAGAAACAGACCAACCACCACAAACGAGGCAUUUGUUGUACGGACCCCUAAUAAUAGACCCGAACUGGUGCAGGUACGUUUGGCACCGAUAAGCACCCCGAACGGAGACAACUUUGUUCAAGUAGCGACAACACAAGGUCAACAACAACAACAACAGCAACAAUCCCUAAAUCCAUCUCAAGCUCAGCAGCGCUCCCUUCUCGUACAGGUAGAUGCCCAGGCACUGAAUCACAUCAUCAACUUCCAAAAUUCGGGUGGAAUUUCUCUCCCACCAGUACAAUUGUCCAGUCCACAGCCAAUCACUGCAACAGCGCCAACUGUCGGCGCCGCCCCAUCAUUCCAAAGUCCAGGCAUUCAAAAUCUAUUUUCGGCGAUGAACGACAUGUUUGCACGUGGCCGCAUGCCUCCGCCCAGCCGAGAGGAUUCGCCCGAUUUUCAGGGCAUUAUCACGCUCGAAAUGGCCAGUAAAAUCGUAACCUGGCUACUGACCAACUUCCGGAACCAUGCAGUGAUUCGGGAAAUCUUCGGUAGCACUUCCGGCAACAAGGUGAACAACGUACUAGAGCUGCUUCGCCGAUUUGGCGUCCAGAUGGAGUCACGGGGUGGAAAUGCGGUGAUUAAAGUAGAGCAAACCAUCGAUAUUCUGAUGUUCAUGACGUACCUGCUGCAGGUAGCCGGUAUGAAUAACAAUUAUUUUCUGAAUUCUUACUGAUUGCAGAAAGUUCUGCUUGUCCGUUGGACGGUUUAGUUUUGCAAUCACAGUACCAAGAGGUGAAAUUUGACGGAAAAAAGAGGUACUGUGUGUACGUUACGGAUCUAGCGUAAUUUGUAAUUGGUGAGAAGAUAAUCUAUUCGUAAUCAAUGCGCAGGGCAUUUUGUGGUGGAAUCGCUUCCACAUUGGAAUAAAAACUAAUAACUGAUCAUAAA